AUGGGCAAACCGGACGAGUCGUCAUCUUCGCAACAAGACGAACGCACCUCUGAUGCCGCAAUACCCGCCGGAAGUGGCGCCGAGCCCUCAUCAUCGGUACCACGUGGCAACGACGAGGAUCCGGAAAAAGAGGAAGACGAUGGGUGGGUCUACGACUCGAACGAGGAGGAGGACGACGAAAUGAUCCUGAUCCGUGGUGCUGACGUCAGCGGCCACGGAGCCGCGCCGGAUCUGCCCGAGGGGAUGGAGGCUCUGAUGCGCGCCGCGGAGGAGGGCGACUCGGACGCUCUGCGGGACGCGAUUCAGGGCGUAUCAGUGCCGCUGGACUCGCCAGGCGAGGAUGGCAACACGGCGCUGCACCUGGCAUGCUUGUACGGCCACACCGCAUGUGUUGAGCUGCUGCUUGCUGCCGGAGCUGCGCUGGAGGCUCGGGACGAGGAUGGGGCCAUUCCUCUCCAUGACGCUUGUGCUGGAGGCUUCUCGCAUGUGGUGGGCAUGCUGCUGGCAGCGGCAAGUGACGCAGAGCAGCGGAGGCGCAUGAUCGGCGCGCAGGACAGCGACGGAGACACGCCGCUGCACAACGCAGCAAGGGGUGAGCACCCCUCUGUCUGCCGCCUUCUGCUGGACGCUGGAGCCAACCCUGCCGCCCCCAACCAUGCCGCCCAGGUGCCAUGGCAGCUUGUCGAGGACGACAGUGACCUGCGCUCAUUCCUGCAAGCUGCUGCUGCCCAGACUGUUUAG